AUGAGAACCGCUGCUCUCCUGGCGUGCUGCGUGUCGGCCGCAUCUGCCGCGUUUGACUUGAAUCGGGGUGGUGCUGUUCUCAAAGCACCAGCAGGUGACUCGUUUGCCACCGUCACAGGGACUUUUACAGUGCCGAACCUGUCGGGCACCAAUCGACUCUCGAUAUGGGUGGGCAUUGGUGACACGCUUGAGCAGGAUAACGUCCUUGGUGGUGGUAUUGUUUAUAACAGUACCCUUAAGAGCUUCUCUGCGUACUUUCCUGGUCCAGUGACGGACGCCACUUCGACUGUUCCUGUUGCAAAUGGUAACUCAAUCACUGUAACUGUCAAUGUGGCUACCGCUGGGGGUACCGUGACCAUCGAGAAUAAGACACAGAACAAAAGAACGACGCAGACGCUCGCAGCCCCUACCGGCGUGGACCCAUCCUCUUUGACUGCUCUUGCGGCAGACUGGUUCGUCCAGGCAUAUCAAGUAAUUCCAGGUCAGCUGGUGGCCACGCCAAACUUCGGGACGGUAUCUUUUACUGCGGUGACUGCGACGACCAAGAGCGGCGUGAACGUUCCGAUCUCAGGCGCAGGAAGAUAUGAGAUACAAGGAACCAGUGGACAGAUGUAUUCGAAGACGACAAUAUCAAGCACUGGCAUCUCUGUGCAGAGACAGACGGUUUAG